GUCAAAUAGGUAUACAAUUAGUAAGUAAUAAAAAAACGUUCAAUUCUACACGCAACUACAUGGAAGGGCAGACGGUAUGGGACCUGUCGACGCACCGAGACGACGAAUACCUUGCAACGGGAUGCGUGAACGUGGACGACGCAUUGCGUGGAGGCUUCCGCGUUGGGUUUGUGUCGGAAGUGUGUGGGUGUGCUGGAAGCGGCAAGACGCAGCUGUGCUUGCAGCUCCUGCUGCGUGCGCAGCUGCCGCGAGAAGCAAGCGGAGGAUUGAAUGCGAGUAGCUGCUACAUGUACUCGGACGGUCUCUCUCCCAUGAAGCGUCUCCAGGAACUGGAGAGGCAACAUUCUGGGGAACCAGUGAGCCUCAAUCGCAUUUUCCUCGAAGCAGCCACUGACCCAGGCCAGUUUCUGCAUACCUUGAAAUCUCGAUUGCCGUCGCUGAUGGAGUUUCAUGGGGUGCGUCUCGUUGUUGUGGAUUCCAUUGCCGCGGUGUUCCGCGGUCAUUCGGUCGACAAGGCCGCGGACGCAGGCGAACGCACGCGGAUCAUGUUCGACAUUGUGCACUGCAUGCACAUCCUCGCCAAGCAAUACCGAGCAGUGUUCGUGGUUGUUAAUCAAAUGACCGCGGACAUGCACAACGAUGGCAACAUGCCGGCACUCGGCCUUGCGUGGUCGUCGUGCAUCAACCAGCGGUAUGUCCUGGACGAGCGGAGCAUUUCAUGAUUAAUAUACUCGUAGGUUCCUCAUCCGCAAGUCCGUUCGUGCACCAUCCACGCGAACCUUUCACGUCAUGUUUUCGCCGUACUUACCACACGAUUCCACUGCAACAUUUGAAAUAACGUCCGAGCGACUUCAGUAACCAGGACAUUCCCACGCAUUUCCAAGGUUGGGCAGCCGCCAAUGCCGCUAGAUUAGGCUUCCGAAAUAAUAUAUUUAUUGCGAUUAUCUAUAUCGA